UGAGGAAGGUCGGCAGAAGUGCUGCAGUUUAGGUAACGGUAUCGCAGGAAAAGUUUGUGAGAGAACCCUUGAAUGUGUGAGAGUGUAUAGCGAGUACAGAUUUAACCCGAGGUAUUGUCAUUUAUCGCGGGCAACAGAACAGUGGCUCCGGAAACGACGGCUGUUUGGACAAGACACAUUUUAAAGAGGAGCUAACAUAAUCUGAGCUUUCCUGAAGUUCACUGACUGUCGAGUUGGCAGAGAUGUUUCAGAUUAAGAAGAUCUGUUGCAUAGGUGCUGGUUAUGUCGGAGGCCCAACAUGUAGUGUCAUUGCCCACAUGUGUCCAGAGAUCACAGUGACUGUCGUGGACGUCAACGAGUCCCGCAUCAAAGCCUGGAACUCGGCCACUCUGCCCAUAUAUGAGCCGGGCCUGAAAGAGGUGGUUGAAUCAUGCAGAGGGACAAAUUUGUUUUUCUCUACAGACAUAGACUCAGCUAUCAGGGACGCAGACCUCGUCUUUAUCUCUGUGAACACCCCAACCAAGACGUAUGGGAUGGGUAAGGGUCGUGCGGCUGACCUCAAGUUCAUUGAGGCGUGUGCUCGGCGGAUCGUGGAGGUGUCUGACGGCUACAAGAUUGUUACAGAGAAGAGCACAGUCCCAGUUCGAGCUGCUGAGAGCAUUAGACGGAUAUUUGAUGCCAACACCAAGCCUAGCCUCAACCUGCAAGUGCUGUCCAACCCAGAGUUCCUUGCGGAAGGAACAGCAGUGCGGGACCUGAAGGAGCCAGACCGCGUCCUGAUUGGUGGGGACGAAACAGCAGAAGGCCAAAGGGCAAUCAGAGCGCUGUGUGCCGUGUAUGAACACUGGGUCCCCAAAGCACGUAUCAUCACCACCAACACGUGGUCGUCCGAGCUGUCCAAACUGGCAGCCAAUGCAUUCCUGGCACAGCGAAUCAGCAGCAUCAACAGUAUCAGCGCUCUGUGCGAGGCCACUGGCGCCGACGUGGAAGAGGUUGCCAAGGCAAUCGGUAUGGACCAAAGAAUAGGCAGCAAGUUUCUCAAAGCCAGCGUAGGUUUUGGUGGAAGCUGUUUCCAGAAGGACGUGCUGAAUUUGGUGUACCUGUGCGAGGCCCUCAACCUGCCUGAGGUAGCCUCCUACUGGCAGCAGGUGAUAGACAUGAAUGAGUACCAAAGGCGGCGGUUUGCCUGCAGGAUUAUUGACUGCCUCUUUAACACGGUCACUGGUAAAAAGAUCGCUCUGCUGGGCUUCUCCUUCAAAAAAGACACAGGUGACACAAGGGAGUCGUCCAGUAUCUACAUCUCUAAAUAUCUGAUGGAUGAGGGAGCCAAGCUGUUCAUCUACGACCCCAAAGUUCUUAAAGAACAAAUCAUUCAUGACCUCUCCCAGCCCAGCAUUUCAGAGGACAACCCAGAAAGAGUGUCGGAGCUGGUGACUGUGACCUCAGACCCUUAUGAGGCCUGCCAGAGUGCACAUGCGUUGGUCAUCUGCACUGAGUGGGACAUGUUUAAGGAACUGGACUAUGAGAAGAUUUACAAGAAGAUGCUGAAGCCGGCCUUUAUAUUCGAUGGUCGCAGAGUGCUGGACCACCUCCACCCACACCUCCAGAACAUCGGCUUCCAGAUCGAGACCAUCGGUAAGAAAGUGGCAGCAACACGAAUCCCCUACACACCGGCGGCUGCUUGUCCUCGCAUCACUGCCAGUGAACCUCCACCCAAGAAAGCCAAAGUCUAAAAAUCUCUCACUUCCACACACGCACGACACGCAACACAUUCCUUUUUAAUGGCUGGUGAAAUGUUUAAUUCAGGUCCAACGGGCUCUGCUCUCGGUACACACCUAAUGAUCACAAAGGCUGAACAGUGUGACUAAUUUCUCCCCUGCUGGAGCCGGAUAAGGGGAAGAAAUUGAGCCUUUAGUCCAAAUCUGUUUGAAUGUGAUCCACGAAUGUACUCAAGUAUUUGUAAGAAGUUUAGAGUUGAACCAUUUCCAAACACAGAAAUGGUUAAUUUUAUACAUUUUGUGGGAAGUAGCAUUUAUCAACCAGACACUUCAUAUACAUUAGUACAUGCUCAUGUCUGUUGAUUUCAAAUGAACACUUAGUGUGAGUCUUACAGUGUUUACUGUAUAAUCAAGUGUUGUUGCUAAAUUUUAUACUAUUUUUUGAAUCUUUUUAUAAAAUCCUCUUACUGUAUGUUAAUCAGUAUUUGUCCUCUGUAUCAGUGACUGUUUACUAAACAGCAAUGCAAUAAAAUGUCAUGUGUGUCCUUAA